AUGAGUCAGAGAAAGCGGAAGCACGCAGAGCGGAGCACACCAGCCGAGCCAGGCGAUGACAUCAUUGCGUUGCGUAUAGUCAACAGCACUAGAAAGCAGUACGAAGGGACACUGGCACGCUUAGCCCGUUGGGUAGAAAAGGAGCACCCUGAGUGCAUUCAACAUGGCGAGAUCGUGCUGCCAAUAAGUGUGUCUUUGUGCAAGGUGUUUCUCACGUACUCGUCAUACAAGCGAAAUCGUGCCGGCGUGGAACUGGUACCUCAACGGUUCAACUCCAAUGCUGCCAUCAGUGGUGUUCUAAGUGCCAUCAAGUACUUGUACACUGAGCGACCCCAAACGUUAGAUCACGAACUCGAAACCAUGAUGAAUGUCGACGGCAAGUCUCGAGCCCACGACGGCCAAUGCACCUGCUGCCACCCCGGUCCCCUGGUGGACCCUGCAAAAAAACCUUUCCUUCUCCAAGUUGGCGUGCCCGAAGGGAAAGGUGUACGACUUGUGGAACCUACAUCUACCUCGAAAGACUUCGCGACCCGGGCAGACCAAGCGAACUUCUCCAAGGCCAAGAAAGUCAUGUUGGCGCUGCUGGAAACAUCAAGACGUUCAGAGCAAGAGGUGACGGCUACGGACGAUUGUGCCAUCGACACCUCGGCACGCCAGAUGCAAGCGCUGUGGGCGAACGUCGUCUUGGAGAUAUGA